GAGAGAGAGAGAGAGAGAGAGAGAGGCAAGAGUGCACAGAGAAGCAGGAGGGAGAGAUAAGGUUGCCUGAGCUGAAGUCUGAAGUUGGUGGAGUUUUGCUUUAAGUUUCCUUCUCAUUGCACAUUUUGGUAGGGGAAUUAAAAAAAAAAAAGCCUUGGGGGCCACCCUGAGAAGAGAGGAAGAUCAAGGAACGAGUGCUUGGAAGGGGUGAGAGAAAGAGAACGAAAAAGAAGGACUGGCUGCUCCAGAAGAAAACAUUGAGUGGAUGUUGCCGUACUCAGUAGUGUCAGGUUUCACAAAAUGAAAGACCACUACAAGAGCGCUUCUGCAGGGCUCAAGCAACCAAGCCAGGAUGCCAGCUGCUAGCAUCAUGACUGGUGGAAGAGCGCUGCUGCUCUGUACGAACACAGAGAACUGCAUCUACCAGUCAGUCAACGGGCUCCAGUGCUGUGGCUUGAAGCUUGAAGACGCUCAAUCUGUGGUGUCACAUAGACCAGACCUGUCCAGGGUUGUGGACACACAGUCCCCCCUAACAUCCCUGGACAACACUGACCAUUUUUCUGGGAACAUGGACAUGCUCACCCACAAGAGACCCAGUGGCACUUAUCCUGUUGAAAAUGGCCUGGGGGGCUGCACCAAGCCUACAAAACCUCCUGCGGGACUUAAAAGCACUGCCAGCAUUAGGGACAAAAUAUCCCAAUGGGAGGGCAAAACAGAUAGUGCUGGACCAAACUCGCAGACGGUCACCCAGAAAGAGACAGAAAGUGUGAGGAAGAAAGAUCUAAAAUCUGCAGAGGUACAAAGAAGAGACAGUAAAAGAGGUUUCAGCUGUGACAGACAGGACCUUGGCAAAGAGAAUGGAAAUAAGAUUGGAGAAUCAAGGAAAAGUACAGAGGCAUGUACAAGGGAAAGAGAUGUGAUACUGGAUAAAAUGCCUGUGGGGAAAACUGACAUUGUCCAAGACAAGAAGUCUGUUUUGACGCAUAUUAAGAAACUCGAGCAGGCCAUGAAGGAGACACCUACUAAGCCAUCAUUGCCAGGCAACUAUUUCUGCCCACCUUCUAAAGACAAGCAAGAGGAGGCAGAAAAAAGAGCUGCAGAACCCAUCUUCGGGACUGUGGAAGUGGUGAGGUCUGGGAGCCGCCGUGGUCGAAACAGAGACCCUGAGAAUGUGUACACUGAGCCUGGGGCUCCUUCUAUUAACCCUCUCCCCAAACCUCAACGUACCUUUCAGCACCACACUCAAACCAACAGCCCUGGACCUCCCCAAGGUUCAGCAAAGGGGAGGCGGAAUCUACCCCCUUUACCUUCGAUACCCCCUCCACCACUUCCCUCCUGCCCUCCACCACCUGGGGUGUGUCAGAGGCCUUGGCAGGAACACACUCGAGACAAUAAUAACAGGAAGUCGUAUGAGUUCGAGGAUUUGUUGCAGUCCUCCACUGAGGGCUGUCGAGUGGAUUGGUACGCUCAGUCCAAGCUGGGGCUCACACACACUUUAUCUGAGGAGAAUGUCUAUGAAGAUAUCUUAGAUCCUCCAUCUAAAGAAAACCCUUACGAAGACAUAGAACUGGAAAGCCGCUGUGCUGGAAACAAAUAUCCUGUUCCAACGUCACCGUCUUCGCCCACUCUCGACACUCCAACUAAGCUCUCCUCUAAGCCCGGCUUCUUCAGGCAGACUUCAGAACGACGGAGCUUCAAGCUAUUAGAUCUGCGUAAGACAAACAGAGAUGGGGGCAUUGCGUCACCUUCAAGGAUAAGCCCACCGUCAACCCCCAGCAGCCCUGAUGAUACACCGUGCCUCUCUGGAGACCCCUAUAACCGUAGACGAAGGAAAAUCCCCAAGAUGGUGCUGAAAAUAAAUGGUAUCUUUGAGGCCCGGAGAGGGAAGAAGAAGAUGAAGCGAGUCUCUCCGUCGACUGAAUCCAGCUCAGGACGAGUAACAGAUGAAAACAGUGAAUCAGAGAGUGACACAGAAGAAAAGCUGAAAGCUCACAGCCAGAGGUUGGUGUCAGUGCAGUCCAUGUUAAAACAGACAGGCCGGUAUCGCACUCUGGAGAGAGAUCUGAUGGACUUACAGGAGAGGAAACUGUUCGAGUACUUCCUAGUGGUGGCUCUACAUAAAACCAAAGCAGGAGCUCCUUAUUUACCUGAAGUCACCCAGCAGUUCCCGCUUAAGCUGGAGAGGAGUUUCAAGUUCAUGCGAGAAGCUGAAGAUCAGCUAAAGGUCAUUCCUCAGUUCUGCUUUCCUGAUGCCAAAGACUGGGCCCCUGUGGACAAUUUUCCCAGUGAAACUUUCUCAUUUGUCUUGACGGGGGAAGAUGGGAGCAGAAGAUUUGGCUACUGUCGUCGUUUACUGCCUACUGGGAAGGGUAGACGCCUGCCUGAGGUCUACUGCAUAGUGAGUCGACUGGGUUGUUUCGAUCUCUUCUCCAAGAUGUUGGAUGAGGUUGAGAAACGGAGAGCAAUUUCCCCUGCUCUGGUGCAGCCCUUCAUGAGGGGCAUCAUGGAGGCUCCAUUCCCGGCACCAGGGAGAACUAUUACUGUGAAGAACUUCCUUCCAGGCUCAGGAACCGAGGUAAUAGAGUUGUGUCGUCCCUCUGAUUCGCGGCUGGAGCACGUGGAUUUUGAGUGUCUCUUCUCCUCUUUGAGUCUGCGUCUCCUCCUGAGAGUCUUCGCCUCACUGCUGCUGGAGCGGAGAGUGAUCUUCACAGCAGACAAGCUUAGCACACUGUCUCAGUGUUGUCAUGCAGUAGUGGCCCUGCUCUAUCCCUUCACAUGGCAGCACACAUACAUCCCCGUGUUGCCCCCCGCUAUGAUGGACAUUGUUUGCACUCCGACUCCUUUCAUCGUGGGCCUGCUGUCCAGCUCUCUGCCUCGACUCAAGGAGCUCCCACUAGAGGAGGUCUUGGUGGUGGACCUUGGCAGUAGCCGUUUCCUACGACAGCUGGAUGAUGAAGACUCCAUCCUGCCUCACAAACUGCAGACUGCUCUUGAGUAUGUUCUUGAGAAGAGGAAAGAGUUGGCCUCUGACAGAGGAGACCUUCCCACUGAGCACUGCUCUCUGAGCGCCGUGGUGUCCGAGGCUUUCGUCCGUUUCUUUGUGGAAAUAGUCGGACACUACUCUCUCUUCAUGGGGGGCAACGAACGUGAUGAAGAGUCCUCAGCGUCUUCCUCCUCACCCACACCUUUGUCAUUCCAACGCGAAGCCUUCCGCAAGGCCGUGUCUUCAAAGAGUCUGCGCCGCUUCCUGGAGGUGUUCAUGGAGACCCAGAUGUUUGCAGCCUUUAUUCAGGAGAGGGAGAUGCGCAGGCAGGGACUUAGAGGCUUGUUUGAGGUUAGGGCUCAAGAUUACCUGGACUCACUACCAGGAGCUGAGAAUCGAGGAGUCAACAAGUUUCUCAAAGGUCUAGGACACAAAAUGAAAUUCCUUUCCAAAAAGUGAAGUAUCUGCAUGUUUGGCAGAAAGAUUUAGGCACCAAUUAUGCUCCAAAUUAGUGUUUCUGCAAAGACCUGAGACCUCAUGACAGCACUGAGACUGGAGGGGAAAAUGCCAUGAGCUCAGCGAUGAAACAAAACUCAGACAUGAAUUCUUGACUGAAAACUUCAUUAAAUGCUCAUCUUCCAUUUUUCUCCCAUCAAACCUGUACCAAGGUCAAGUUUCACUAUAAACUUGUAUGUUUGUUAAAGCGUGUGUGUGCAUGUGCGUAUGCGUAUACGUGUGUGUGUGUGUGUGUGAAUUAUUGCUUGCUUUCUAUUAAAUAUGCUAUAAGGUUAGAGGAGAAAGUAGGCAUGGACCAAAGCUUAAUUUCCUGUACAGUCCUGUUUUUUUUUUCUUUCACAUAAAGGUUGUUUGAUUUUUGGAUCGCUGAUAUUUUUUCAAAGAAAUAGAGUACAACUUCUGUAACAGGGGGCAAUAAUUUAAUUUAUAUUCUUUCUAGAGAAAUACAUUCUAUAGUUUCUUACCUAAAAAGUUGUCGCCUUUUAAAUACAAAAAAAGUCAACAGAGAAGUUGCUAGGUUGUUAUAGACUGUUUCACACAGUAUAUUUCACACUUUGGAUUUGUGAGUUAAAUACCACUGUGACUGGACAUUUAUGUUGGGAAUCCAAAAGGAAGGGAAUGAGUGGAAUGUGGAAGUUGACAGAUUCAUGGAUGCAGGUAAAUUAUCCUUGGAUACACAUCUGCGUACACGACUUGGACUGUAUUGAACAUCGGACUUCAUUUAGUUAUGUUCUGUGUCGUUUGCUGUUCAAAAAGCACCACUAAAUGUGUCUGUAACCUGAUUAACAAAAUAGCUGCUGGUCUCCGUAGCAAAAUGUCUCAUAGCUGUGAUUUGAUCCAGGUCACCUUUGCUUUUCUUACACCAGUAAUAAGGAUCCAGCCUUCCGUCUACACCACUGGGGGUCACUACAGAGAGGACUUCACAUUUUCUUGUGUAUUUUUAUUUAUUAUUUUUUUCCAUGCUAAUGUAAUGUAGUAAUGUAUUUUCUUUUUACACCAAAAAAAAAAAAAAAUCACUGAACCUGCUUAUUAUCUUUUUUUUUUUUCAAAUUAAAGACAUUCAUUAAAAAUGUUCCAUGUAAAUAAUUAUUUGAUAGAUAUUAAUAAUUUGCUGCUCUUUGCAUUGCCUUCAUAUGUGGGAUUACAGUAGUGUGAUUAUAAGCAUGAAGCGAAUACUGAGCAAAUUCAGUGAAACGUGUAGCCUCACUUUCCUUACUCCUUCACUUGUAUCCCACGCUUCCCCUCUGAGAACAUGUACGGAAUUCUUAUGGGAGAUGACCUCCAGAAGAAAACAAAACAGAGAUAAAUGGAGAAACAAAACCCAUUAAAGUCUUUGUAUGUCAGUACAUAAAAUGAGUACUUUGUCUUUUGUAUUUAGCAGGGUCACUCUUAAAGCUUUUGCAUAUUUCUUCGCAAAAAAUCAGG